AUGCAGCUGUCCGACCAGCAUCAGAGCCAGAGCCCAAGCCAGAAGAAAGAGCGCUCGCCAGCAACACCGACGCCGGCGUCAGCGCCAGCUCCCGGGCUCAAGAGACAGUCGAACGGCCAGACGCUCUCCUCCGUCACAGCAAACGGCAUCUCAAAGGCCGACGCCAGCUCGAACCGUGGAUCGAACAAUGUAACCGUUACCGAGCCACAGCAACCACAUACCCAGGCCUAUACAUCAUCGCAGUCACAGCAGCAGAUGGCUUCCACGCCCAGUCGCGCCACCGUCGUCAGUCGCGAGGGCUCCUCCACGCACUCCUCCGCCUUCGACGAGCUCCAGCACCCAGACUCGGACGGAGAGCACUAUCCCUCCGACAACGAGGUCGAGAUGGGCGGCACCGGAGACGCCGGACAGUCAGGAACUGCUGCAGGCACUUCGGGCGGAGGUGCCGGAAGCUCAACUGGAUCGGCAGGUCCGCCGUCGAAGAAGAAAAAGGGCCAGCGUUUCUACUGCACCGACUUUCCGCCCUGCAAUCUCAACUUUACCCGCAGUGAACAUCUAGCCAGGCACAUCAGAAAACACACCGGGGAGCGUCCGUUUCAGUGCCACUGCUCUCGCCGCUUCUCCCGUCUGGACAACCUCCGCCAGCAUGCCCAGACCGUCCACGUCAAUGAAAACAUACCGGGCGACUCCCUCGCUGCCACCGGAACUCGCUUCCAGCGCCAGAUACGCACCGAUCGUGUGCGUCCCACCGGCCGUGCCCGCGCGGGGACCGGAGGCAGCCAUUCUCACAGCCACAGCCGCAAUCUAUCUACCUCCAGCAUCUCGUCCAACAUGUCCACCUUCAGCCCGACACACCAGGAACUACGGCGCAGACCACCGCCGCUGAUGAUGGCUGGGUCAGGGCCCGAUCCCGCGCGUGGCCGGCUGUCUCUCUCCCUCGAGACCAUGGGUGAGCCGCCCAAGACUCCCCCGAACCAAUCUGCUCCCGGGCCCAUCUUCACCCCGUCCUCGGCCACAUACGACCACGGAAGCCCUUACUACGCUUCUCCAAACUCGGCAUACGGCUCGUUCUGGCCUGAUCGCACUUUUGGUCGUCGUCUGUCGGUGCCCACAGGUACAAGGCCCUUUGAGUCGCCGCAUUCAAACUAUCCCAGCCAGUCGCCAUUCUCACGCAUGACACACCCAUCAUACCCAGGUCCGUCAAUAGCACCGGCUCCGGCACCCGUGUUGGCGCCAGCUCCGGCAGAAACACCGCAGUAUGCAUCUGUAACGCCGGGUAGCGCCGUCGAUUCCGGCUUUGAGGCUGAUCCUCGACGGAGAACAUGGCAUCCUUCCUCGUACACGGGAUUUGCACGUCCCGCUCCAGCUACCAGCGGAUUAUGGUUCCAGCAAUCCGCCGAACCGCCAGGUGUGAGCGUAGGUGUAAACGUCAAUGUACCUCCACUCUCUUCUUCCUCGCAACAGACAACCCGUCUACCGGGAAUUGAAUCGUUCGAUCAUGUCCCCCCACGCCGAGAUCGUGACCGAGACAGCAGCCCCAUGUCCAUCGACCGUCGCCAUUUCCAACACCAGCCUUACUCCCAACCACCGCCGCCAUCCCAUAUAAUAGGUAGCUCCUCGUUCGCGCCCACCUUCAACGCCACGCCCCGGCCUGCCCCGCCUUACUCCGGUGCAGAACACAGACGCGGGCAGCUAUCCCUCGACACAACGCUGCAGCGAACACUGACCAGGCUAGAUCUACACGGCAACGGCAGCUCCAAUGGCAGUGCCAAGGAUGCGGCCAGCUGGAGCCAGGCGACACUCGGUGAGUUGCAGAGUAUCGGAUCUCGACCGUCAACGGGAGCAGGCACAGGUCCCCUGAGAGAAGAGGUCGAGCACGAAGAAGAGAUGAAGGAAGACGAUGGACCAGGACCAAGCGUUCCUACCGAGAUGCCCACGCAGCAGCAGCAGCCAACCCAGUUCGAGACGAGUUCUACAGAACAGCGACAGCGGAUGGCCGGCGGUGGCGGAAGCAGCGGCGAUGGACUCGGCCGCCUCGAAGCACUCGUCGCCGUUGCUACGAGUGAAAAUAAAAAGACAAAAUUCUAG